GGGCAGCCACGGAUACGCAGGCGAGUGGGGCAGCGUGCCACAGGCAGAGCUGGCCUGCAGCAACCCGAGCAGUUAUCAAUAAUUGAGGCUGCUCCAGGGCUGCCAGGAUGGUGUCCCCUUUCCAGGCUGGGGGAACGGGUCCGUGGGGGCACCGUGUCCACCACCGCCAGGCUGCUGGAACAGCCACCCAGGGAGGCAGGAGCUGGCCCCAGCAGGGACAGGGCCAUCAUGGUCACACAGCCUAGUGGUGGGCACCAGGACAGUGGUGGGCACUGGGGUGACAGUGGGCACUGGGAUGCUGCCAUGCGCCAGGAUAGGUGGGCGCUAGGAUGGUAGUGGGCACCGGGAUGCUGCCAGGCACCAGGAUGGGGUGGCAGCAGGCACUGGGAUGCGGCCAGGCACCAGGAUGGGUGGGCACUGGGAUGGCAGCGGGCACCAGGAUGCUGCCAGGCACCAGGAUGGGUGGGCACUGGGAUGGCAGUGGGCACAGGGAUACUGCCAGGCACCAGGAUGGGUUGGCACUAGGAUGCUGCCAGGCACCAGGAUGGGUAGACACUGGGAUACUGCCAGGAUCCAGGAUGGGCAGGUACCAGGAUGCCAGGAAGCAGGCGCCACAGCAGAUGAGUGCCAGGGUGGAUGCUGGCACUGGGACCAGUGGAGCACUGGGACUUGGGGGCACUGGGGGGAAGGCAGCAGGCACCAGGGGAGCAAGCACAGGAGGCCCAGGGGUGAUGCCAAGGCAGCCCUGGAGAAGAUGUGCUGGUGCACCGGUUCCCCCCAUCACACACCUGGGUCUGAGUCGCCCCCUCCUCUGCCCCACACAGCCCCAGCUCCUGGAGUCCCGUUAUUUCUUGCCUCCCCGGGUGUUCCCAGCUCUCGAGGCCAGCCCAUACCAGGCCGGUGGUGCCAAGCCCCACGGCAUCCCACAGCUCGCAGGCAUGGGGAAGAGUAGUCAUGCCACACCGCACUGUGCCAUGAAUUAUUGAGGCAGGCAGGAGCAUCGCCUUGGUCCUGCAGCACCCGCACCCUCCCUGCCUCUUCCUUCUCCCCUUGUGCGGGUGCCAGCAGGUGGAACGGCUCCGGUUUCUGCCAAGUCACGGUGGGGCAAGAAGACCUUUGGAGCCGGCACAUCACGUGGGCACCAGGCAGCCCUUAAGGUGCGCCGACGGGAAGCGGGGAAGGCAGACGCACUCGCAGCCAUGACCGUCCCCAUUGCCAAGUCCUUCUACGACCUGAGUGCCACCUCCUUGCAGGGGGAGAAGGUGGACUUCAACGUCUUCCGGGGCCGCGUGGUCCUCAUCGAGAACGUGGCAUCCCUCUGAGGCACUACGGUGCGGGACUACACCCAGCUCAACCAGCUGCAAGCCCGCUAUCCCCGGCGGCUGGUCGUGCUGGGCUUCCCCUGCAACCAAUUUGGCUACCAGGAGAACGGCACCAACGAGGAGAUCCUCAACAGCCUGAAGCACGUGCGGCCAGGGGGUGGCUUCGAGCCCAACUUCACCCUCUUCCAGAAGUGCCAGGUGAACGGGCAGGACACCCACCCCGUCUUCGCCUACCUGAAGGCUCACCUGCCCGCGCCAGCCGACGAGGCGACGCACCUGAUGGCUGAGCCCCGCUUCCUCACCUGGAGUCCCGUGCGGCGCUCUGACAUCUCCUGGAACUUUGAGAAGUUCCUGGUGGGUCCCGAGGGGGAACCUUUCCGGCGCUACAGCCCCCGCACGCCCACCGCCCAGCUGGAGCCCGACAUCCAGCGCCUCCUCAAGCUGGCCAAGUAGGGCUGGCUCCAGCAUCCCCCCCUCCCUUCCUCUGCCAGCUGCCGCCCCCCGGCACAGCCCCAGCUCUCUGCCGGGUGACAGCCCCCUCUGAAACCGCUGUGGGGAGGGGGUUCGAUGGGGGCAGAGGGCUGGAGCCACCGGGGCAGUGUGGGCUGGUGGCAAUAAAUGAGCCGGAGGGAGCA